AUGGGUCACACAGUUCCAAUCUUGAAAGAUAGUACUCUUUUCAUCGAGAAGUGCCACAUCAAUGGCAAAUGGACAGAAGCAGCGACCGGUCAGGUUUUCGAAGUCCACGAUCCCGCCACUGGCCAGUUGGUUGGAACAUGUCCCGAGUGCGAUGUGACAGAUGUUGAAUCGGCCAUUCGCGCAGCCGAAAAUGCGUUUGUCUCAUUCUCCCAGCUCACUGGCCGACAGAGAUCCAAGAUACUCAGGAAGUGGUACGAUUUGAUGGUAGAAAAUCUCGAUGAUAUUGCCAUUCUUAUCACGUGGGAAAGCGGGAAGGCUUUUGCGGACGCCAAGGGCGAGGCAGCAUACGCCGCUAACUUCCUCGAAUGGUUCUCUGAAGAAGCUACAAGAUCAUAUGGCGAUACCUUCGUCCCGACGACGAAGGGAAUGCGUGUUCAUGGGAUCAAGCAUCCGAUUGGUGUUUGUGGCCUGAUUACGCCCUGGAACUUCCCGGCGGCUAUGGUGACUCGCAAAGUUGCUCCAGCCCUUGCAGCAGGCUGCACGGUGGUGCUAAAGACUCCGGGGGAGACGCCAUUCACGGCCAAUGCGGUAGCGGAGCUCGGCAAACGGGCUGGUCUGCCGCCCGGAGUAUUCAACAUCAUCACUGCUUUAGAGAACACGCCCAAGAUCGGUCUCAUCCUGACCACGUCACCAGCCGUCAAGAAGGUCUCCUUCACUGGUAGCACGGAUGUCGGAAAGCUCUUGAUGAAGCAGGCCUCUUCGACGAUGAAGAAGCUCUCACUCGAACUCGGUGGCAAUGCGCCUUUCAUUGUUUUUGAUGAUGCUAAAGACAUUGAUGCUGCUGUAGCCGGCUGUAUAGCUGCUAAGUUCAGGAGUAAUGGGCAGACCUGCGUUUGCGCCAACAGAAUCUACGUUCAGAGCGGUGUCUAUGAAGAGUUCGCAGCUAAGCUCAAGGACAAAAUCGAGAGCAGUUUCAAGGUCGGCCAUGGAUUCGAUGCUGAAGUAACACAUGGUGCGUUGAUACACGUCCGAGCGGUUAAGAAGGUGGCCCAGCACGUGGAUGAUGCCAUCGGAAAGGGGGCUACCGUCCUGACCGGGGGGUUGGCCAUGCCCCAUCUUGGAGAAACUUUCUAUGCCCCAACGGUGUUGACCGGCGUCAAAGAUACUAUGGAUGUUGCGGCAGCUGAGACUUUUGGCCCUGUCGCCGCAUUGUUCAGUUUCGAUACGGAGCAAGAGGUCAUUCACAGGUCCAACUCUUGUCGUGUAGGGUUAGCCGGGUAUGUCUACAGUGGCGAUCUCGAUAGGGUGUAUCGCGUGGCAGAGCAGCUGGAAGUUGGAAUGGUGGGAAUCAACACCGGCCUCAUUAGUGACCCUGCUACACCGUUUGGCGGUGUGAAAGAGUCAGGCUUCGGAAAGGAAGGUUCCAAAUAUGGCAUCGAUGAGUAUUUGGUUACGAAAACCAUCACCAUAUCUCAUUUGUAG